UAUCAAAGUUUACUUACCAAUUUUUGAUUGUGACUAAAAGCCAGCAUUUGCAGCAAUGCAUUUGUAAGUUAAGGGCAAAAAUAAAUGGCUUUGUAGUCCAUAUCUUUCUUAAUAAUCUGGAAUAUGCACAUGGAGUUCUUCUUGUUACUUCACUGUUUUUAGCAUGCCUUAUUACGCUCUUGUGACUGUAAAAUUGGCACAGAGACAGUUGGAGCUUCAUUAUAACUAAUUGUGUUUAUAUUUUGACACUUAGUGGAUUCUAUUGACCAGGGCACUUUGCACAAUUAAUAUUUUACAAUGGAAAAUGAAAAUUUAUAUUGCCUAAAAAAUUUUCACUGAUUUAUUAAUACAUGUACCAGGAAGAUUCCUGAAUGCCUGCUGAAAUAAAGAGAAAAAAAUUCUGAGGAGGUGAAAUUCUUUGUCCCAGUGCUGGUUUUGAUUGUGUCCUGUACUGGCAGCUCUCCCGCCUGCUGUGCUAACCCUGAACCCUGCAUGGAGGAAGUUCUACCCCACUGAGAAAGUGACUCUCAAAUGUGAGAUUCAGACCAAUCAGACUGAGUGGAGUUAUCUGUGGUACAGAGAUGGAGACGCUAUCAACAGUACGCUCUCCAGAGGAAAUGAGUACACAAUCCCAGCUCUAGAUCAGUCACACAGUGGAAGAUACUCCUGCAGAGGAGAAAUACCAGGAAGAGAUGUUUACACUGAAAUGAGCAAAGAUGUGACCCUGACUGUAGAUGCUCGUCCUCAGGCUGUGCUGACUCUGGAGACUGCAUGGACAGAGAUCUUCAGGUCAGACAGUCUGACUCUGAGGUGUCAGGUUGAGGGGAGCUCUGCUGAGUGGAACUACACGUGGUACAGAGACGGACGGCAUCUUCCACUGGACCCCAGCGGGGACAGACUCACACUCUCCGCUGGAAACGACUCUUUCAGCAGUGAAUAUAAAUGCAUAGGAAACCGAACAGGCCAACCGUCUUACACAGAGAUCAGCGAAGGAUUCAGAGAAAACAGCAUUGUGGAGAAUUUAGCACGGAUCGCUGUGGGGGCGGCCAUCUUGCUCUUCCUGUCCGUCAUUGUGAACGAAGGCUUUUGGAGGAGGGCGAGGAAGAUGAGGAGAGUCUGGCAGAGCAGGUCAGAGAACAGCAAGAUGGGUGUCAUGAUGCAGAAGAAGUCUUAGACUCUGGCCAAAGCCUGGACCAAGAUGAUGUAGGCACUCUUGUCAAUACCUGUUUAAGCUCCAUCGAAAGCUAUUUUAAAGCUUAUUGUAUACUUCAUACAUAAUACCAUAUUGCAUCAUUUGCCAGCAAAUGGUGUAUUGUCCUGGUAUUUUGAAGGAUAUACAGGUGGUCCAUACCUCGCAUAACUCCCUGCAGGGGCCUCAUACAAUGGAGAGGGAUGUAAGUACAGUUAUCAGCACUCAUGAAUGUUUUUUCCAUUGAGUUC